AUGAACUCUACUAUAUUAAAAUCAACAAGUAAUGAAAAGACUACACCAAAAAAUACAAAAAAAGUUUAUACAAAUUGCAUUGGUGAUCAAAAAGUUUCCCCAUCGGAAAUUCGGCCUAUACGUAAAUUUGAUUUAACUAAAAUAUCAACAAGAAAACGAAAAGGACAACGGGCAGAAGUUUUAACCAGUAGCCCUAUUAAAAAAUUACAAUAUGAAAGACUGAAAAAUGCAGAAGCUAAAGCGACAAAAACAUUACCAAAACGCAAGGUGAAAAAAACAUCAAAACAGAAGCCAAAUCAAAACGAAAAUGAGUCUGAAAGUAAUCUCAUCUGCCUUAUUUGCUUAGAAAAAUAUUGA